AUGAAUUGGGUUAAGGAGUUCAGUGUGUCGUCGAUACGCAAGGGGUCUGAAAAAACAUCCUUAAGGUGCUGGGGUCGUAGACCAUCCAGGCCUCCAGAAGAACCGUUUUUGAACGAUUUAACGGCCCUCAGCACCUCGGCGGGAGAAACGCAACAAGCCGUUGGUGUCAAUGCGGGAAAGACCCGCCUGUCCACCGGAAUUUUUGGGUGGAUGGAACAUAAUUUAUCGAAGGUGGCCGGCGAGCUCUCCGCAAGGCCCUCCGGUGAACAGACAAGUCUGACAGCCGAGGACAGGUUUCCCUGUUCAAUACAAGAUGACACAGCGUUGAUCCACCGAUCGGGGUUGUACUUUUGUGAUUUGGCAUUAUUGAACCCAUCAAAGCACAGUACCAGGGUUUCAAGACCAAUAGUUGAAUAUUCGCUUAGACGCUUGUUGACCAGAUUGCCCUGGUUGACCCGGCGACCCCCUCUGGAAGUCUUCUGUAAGACGUAUGGGACAAAACAGUGGAGUCUAACCCAGUGA